AUGUAUGACGAGCCAAUGUAUAAACUAUGCGACUGGACUGCAUACGCAGGCUGGCCAGGGAUUGGAUGUCAGCGGGAUAGAGAGGCCGGGAUAAAGCUGAAGCUGCAUGUCUUCAGCCCCGGUGUCGAGGAAGGGAUGUCUCAGGCUUUUACUCGCGAUACACCCUCCAUGACGCGGGCAUUCGGCGAUUCUGACGGGUCGGACGACGACUUGAACGAUGAUAAUCUUCCCUUUCCUAAGCCGAUAUCAAGAGCGUCGUUUCUGGCGCCUGACUUUGACGCCUCUACGUUCCUUUCGUCUCUCUCCAAUCGCCAUCAGUCGUUGGCUGAUUUACAGACCGAGCUGCGGGAGCUCAGCGAGUCUUUGAACAAGGAACUCCUGGAUCUGGUCAAUGAAAAUUACCAGGAGUUUCUGUCUCUUGGAGCUGCUUUGAAUGGAGGACAGGACAAAAUUGAAGAGGUUAGGGCCGGGCUACUCGGAUUCCAGCGAAAUGUGCAGAGCAUAAAAGAACAGUUUGAGUCAAGGAAGAAAGAAAUCCGGGAAUCCCUCGAUGCCAAAAAACAGCUACGGUCGAAGAUUGCGAUUGGCUACGACCUACUAGAUAUUGCAGAAAGGGUUGAAAUGCUAGAGACAAAUCUCAUGAUCCGCCAUGCGAAGGACGUAAAUGAAACAGAAGAUGGAGCGCAGGCUGAGGACGAUGAGAGUGAUGGCCUAUCAGACGUUAUGCUGGGGAGUGAGACAGAAAGUGAAGAGGAAAAAGAAGAUCCAGAGAAUGAGAGUGGCACACCGCGCUAA